AUGUGGGACGUGGCGAAGCCCGCGGCGGCCGAGCGCCUGUUUGCACUGGCGGCGCAUUGCGACGGCAUCUGGGACCUGGCCAUGCUGCCCGCGGCCACGGGCUUGAGUGCGGGCGGCGGCCGCACGGCCGGGACGGGGGCGGGGGCGCAGGCCGCGCCGCGCGCGGUGACCUGCUCUUCGGACGGCAGCGUGCGGCUGUGGAACCUGCGGCCCGACGCGCAGGGCGGCAGGACGCUCGCAGGCAUCAUCAUAGCCGCCGACGCCCAAGCCCAGAGCCCCGCCCACGCAGCCGGGCGCGCCGCCGACCCCGAGCGCCCGCUGCCGCAGCCGCACGGGGCCGGCGGCGGGCGGCCCGAGGGCGCGGCGGCGCCGGUGCUGCUGCGCUGCCUGCGGGUCGGCCCGGACGGGCGGCACCUGGCAGUAGGGGACGAGUGCGGCAAUUUGCGGAUCUACGAUCUCGUGACCUUGAAGCUGCUGCGCCUUCUGGAGGCGCACAACGGCGUACUGCUCGCCCUGGACUUCUCGCCGGGAACUCACACCGGGCACGGCGCCGGCGAGGACGGCCAGGGUGGCGGCAGCUGCCUGCUGGCUUCGGGGGGGCGGGACGGCUUGAUACACCUGUUUGACGCCACGCGCAACUUUGACCUGGUGGAGACCCUGGACGACCACCGCGCGCCGGUGACCGCGGUGCGUUUCGCGGCCGGCGGCAAGAGCCUCAUCAGCUGCGGCGCGGACGGCGGCAUCGUGUUCAGGGUCCUCUGCGGCGGCGCCGAGGGCGGCUGCGCGGUGUACCACAGCGAGCAGCUGCCCGGCAGCUGCCCGCUGUACGACCUGGCGCUCGACCCCCUGGAAUCGAUGGUGGCUGCGGUCGGGGCCGACGGCGCCGUGAGGUUCUGGGACGUGGCUUCCGGGCGGCCGGUCGGGGCGCUGGCGCCGGAGCGCGGGGCAGCCGAGCCAGUCCGCGUCAGCAUCGACCCCGGCGGCGUGGCCGCUGUCGUAUCUCAUUCGGACGGAUCCAUCCGGGUGCACCACCUCGCGUCGGGCAAAUUGGUCUGGCGGGCGUCCGGCCACGGCGGCGUGGCGGCUGCGGCGGUGGUGGCGUCCGACCUUGAGCGGCUCGUGUCCGUCGGUGGUGACGGCUGCGUGUGCGUCUGGCGGCUGCCGGGGGCGCUCUCGGCGGAAAUCAAGGCGGCGGCGGCGCGCGCCGCCGCGGCGCGCACGCCCGCGCCUGUGGCGGGGGCGUGGCCCCGGGGGAGCGUGGCCGCAACAGCGGCCGGGCCGCAGUCGCCGCGGGGCCGGCAAGCGCGCGAGGCGCGCCCCGAGACGCCGCCGUCGCGCUCACCGGCCGGGCAGGCGGCCACCCCGACGCCGACGCCAGGAGACGCCAGCCCGACGCGGCAGGUGUCCUUGUCAGCGCGCCGCGCGCUGCGGCCGGCCGAGGUAUGCAUGGCGGCGUCCCCAGACACGCACAGCGACUCCACCGGCGUGGGGGUCAGCCAGACGAUACUCAGGGUGCAGGCGGGGCGCCCACUGGUGCCCUGCGACCGCCUGCCCGCGUGGGCGGCGCGCAACAUGUCUCCGUCCCCGAAAAAGCGCCCCAGGGGCGCCCACGCGGCGCCCGUGCGCGGCGACGACGAGGCCGAGUCGGCGCCGCCGCCGGCUCCGCCGGGCGCCGCGGGCGCGGCAGAGGAGGCGCCGGCGGCGGCCGGCGGCAAGUGGGCGCUGUCGAUGCAGCAGGGCGCGUCCGUUUUCGACGAGCACCGAGGCUUUGCUGUGCAGGUUACUGGCCACCGCCGCCUCAGCAACGAGGGCAGCCCCCAGCCACCGCACACGUCAGCUCAGCCCCCGCACGCCGCCACCCCCGGCAGCGCCGCCGCGCCGCUGGGGCGCGAGCCGUGGGCGUCACCUGGUCCUGGUCCUGGCCGCGGCGGCGCGGCCCCGCGGGGCGCCAGCAGCAGCGCGGCGGCGGCGGCGGCAGAGGACGAGGAGGAGGAGGAGGGGCUGGGGGCGGCAGGCGCACUCGGGGACGAUGUGACUGAGGAGCUCGUGUUUCAUGAGGGAGGCGGCGGCCCCGGUGACGUGGCGGCGGCUGCCUUCGCCGUGAUGAGCAUAGGGGUGAACGGCGAGGGGGAGGUGGAGGCGUCCCAGGGCUUGGGCGGCGGGGGCGAGCGUGAGGGGGUGGGCGAGUGGCCGAGCGAGUGUGAGGGCGGGGCCGGGACAGAGGGCAGUGCGGCGCACCUGCGGCAGCUGCUGGCUGCCGCCGCUGCACCGUCGCAGCCGGAGCGGCAGCAGGAGCUGCAGCAGGAGCAGCAGCAACAGGACGAGGCCGGUCCCGCGGGCGCCUCAGUGUCUCCAUCUGCGCAACGGGCGUCGCCGGCACCCGAGGCCCUCCUCCAAGCGCCGGCCGACCCCUCGCCAGCGCCUGCGCCCGAAACCGUCGUGCGGGACCUGUUCAGGCGCCACUUCGACGCCGCCACCCCCGCGCCCGUCGACGAGCGGCGCCAGAGCCUGAGCGCCAGCCCGCUGCGCCGCGCGGCGCCGCCGCGGCAGCGGCAGUGGCGUGAGGGGCGCAUGGAGCAGGAGCUCGCCGGCAUGAGGGCGCGGCUGGCAAACCUGCAGCAGGCGUUUGCUGUGCAGCAGCAGUCGGCCCGCAGCAGCCCGGCGAGGCCGUCGCCGCGCCGGCCGCCGCGCGGCUCGUGGCAUCACGAGCGCGCGGAGGACGAGGCGCAGCAGCAGCGGGUGCAGCGGCCGUGGGCGCCGGCGCCGGCGUUCGCGCAGCCGUCGCCGGAGCGUGCGGGGCCGUCGCCGCCGCGGCAGCGGAGGCGGCGGGAGGCGCCGCAGGAGCGGUCGCAGCUCGGGAGGGGGGCGGGCGCGGCGGCGCUUUGGGGCGAGGCGCCGUCCUCUCAUCCUGUGCCUGCAGAGCAGAGUGACGUGCCGGCUGUGCACCCGCAGCUGCAGCGGCAGCAGCAGCCGGAGAGCCUGCUGGAGUCACCAGUUUCUCAGCAGCCGCAGCAGCAGCAGCAGCAGCACCAGCAGCAGCAGCAGCAGCAGCAACAGACACAGCAGCAGCAACAGGGGCAACGGCUGAAUGACCUGCUGACUUUCUCAGCACCAGAACAGCAGCAGGAGCAGCUAGACGAGCAGCAGCAGCAGCAGCAGCAGCAGCAGCAGCAGCAGCAACAGCAGCAGCCACGGCGGCAAUCGUCUUCCAACGGCGUCUUCAAUGCUACAAGGCCGCCUUGGGCCACCCCAAACAGCCGCGCCCCCGCGCCCUCCCCCGCCGCCCGCGCCCGCCGCUCUGCCGCGCGCGCCCCCGCCGCCGCGGCGCCCGCGUUCGGGCUGUCGGCCGCGGCCAGGCGGCACGAGCGGCCGCCGUUCAGGGCUGGCUCCGCGGGCGCUGGCGCCAGCGUCGGCGCCAGGGGGACACGCGCCAGCAGCGGGCGGCGCAGCACGCCAGGCGUUGGGCCGCGGAGCAGCCAGGCGUCGUCGGCGGCCGCCACGGCGCCCGCCGCCGCAGCAUCCGAGGGUGCACGGGAGGCGUUGCCGGUUGUCGCACCCGCCGGCGCAGCCGCAGCGAACUGGGUGGUGCCUGCGGAGGCGAUGAUGACAGCAAGCCUGCAGCAGCAGCAGCAGCAGCAGCAGCAGCAGCAGCAGGGGCGUCAACCUCAGGAGGAGGAGGACGAGGCGGAGGAGAAGGGAGAGGAGGGUGCCUCAACCUGCGAGCCACUGACGCCCCAGGAGGCGGAGGCCGAGGUCGCGGCAACGCCGCCGUCGCCGUCGCCGCAGCCGCUCUCGCCUCUGUCGGAGGCGUGCGCCCCGACGGGCGCGGCCGCGACCCCGUCGGCGGCUGGGCCUUCCGCCGUGCAUCCGCCGCCGCCGCCGCAGCAGCAGCAGCAGCAGCAGGAGCAACACCAGGCACAGCAGGCAGAGCCACAGCGCGCGGAGCAGCUGCAGCACCAGCAGCAGCAGUCCACCCCAGAUCGCUCCAAGUCCCCGGGCUCCGCCAAGUUGAUUCGCAAGGGCCUCAUGGCGCUCCUCGGCAUCGACGACACGCCCUCCGCGGCGCCCGCCGCGCGGCGGCACGCGGCGGUCGCGACCCCGGACCGCACGCUACCCUCGCCUGCGCAGUCGCUGCCCGCAGCUGACGAGCUCACGCCCCCGCCUGUGGGGUUGAGCUCCAGUGAGAUGAGGGCGGGCGCGGGCGUGCGGCCGCCGGGCAGCACGCCCCGCAUGUGGCCGGGGUGGGGCGCGAUCGAGGGCACGCCGCCGGCGCCGACGCCUGUGCCCGGGAUGAUUCCCUUCAGCUUCCAGGCGUCGCGCGGCAGCAGCCCUGGCCUGGCCAGCGCCCCCAGCGGCGGCGGCGGCGGCGCGCCGUCCGCGGCGGCCGCGAUGGUCCGACUGGACAGCCUCCGCGGCGCCCGCCGGUCGUCGGGCGCGAGCGAGGCGCGCUCGAGCGACGCCGGCGGCGGCGCCGCGUCAGCGCGGGCGCUCUGCAGCCCGCCAGCUUCUGGCGGCAGCGCGUUUGGGUCCCCGAUGGCUGAGCACCCUCGCCGCAGCUGCAGCGGCGGCAGCGGCGUCUAUGCUAGGGGCAGCCCCCCACGCCCGCCCGCCGCGCUCCAGGCGGCGCCGCACGGCGCCGCGGGCUCGCCGCCGGGCGCCCGCGCGGCGGCCAUCAGGCCGCAGAGUGCCUCGAGCAACGGCAUGGGCGGGGCCGAGCAGCGGGUCCUCAGAUCUCUCGGGGCGGACCCGGGCUCCCCCAUCGGGACCCCAGGCGGCCGCGCGCCACGCCGCGACGACAGCGGCGGUGGCGGCGGCUCCGGCGGCAACUCGGGCGCUGACCCAGGCUCCGGCGCAGAGCGCUCCCCGAGUGCGGGCAUGCUGGGCCUGCUGCAGCGCAUGCGGCUGUUUGCCGGCGGCAAGUCCCGCUCGCCGAAGAAGCGGCCCCACCCUGGGGCGGAGCCGCCGCCAAAGGCCGCGCCGCCGGGCCCCGGCGCCGCGCCCCGCAGCCGCCGGGGGCCGCCAGCUGUCGUUUCAGGGGACGGCAUCAGUGGAGCCUCGGCGCACCGCCAGCGGGAGGGAGUGGGAGCUGGGACGUCGUCUGAGGCAGUUGAGGAGGGCGAUGUGACUCUUGAGCUUCCAAGUGAUCAGGGAGAGGAGGCCGGGGCGGAGCUGGAGGAAGCUGCCCAGCAGCUGCGCGCGGCCACCGACGCGGUGCAACGGCUGCUUCUCGCGCGGGCCGCGGCGGGCGCCGCCAGGGCCGCGGGCCGUGGCGGCGAGGGGCCCGCGGGGGCGGGGGACGAGGCGCGCGGAGGCGAGAGCGCGGGCGGGGCAGCGGCGGGCGAGGCGCGGCGGCACCUGCUGGACCAAGUGGCCUGCAGCGUAAAGGCGCUGCAGGCGCUCGCGAUCGGCGAUGACGCGCAGAGCGGCUCGGCCGGCGGCUGCGGCGGCAGCGGCGACGCGCCCUGGAGUAUCCCUGCGGGUGUCCUGCCGGCGGCUGCAGCAGCGAAAGAAGCCAAGGGCGCCCUGCGGCCCUGCAGCGACCCGCCCCUCAAGGUGUCUGAAGGCCUCAUUGGCUCUGCAGUGGCAAAGGCCGCCGCCGGCCGUGGAACCAGCGGCGGCGGCCGCGGCAGCGGCGGCGGGGGCGGAAACGGCAACAUGGGCGGCGGCAUCGGCAGCGGCAGCGUCAGCGGCGGCGGCGAAGGCCGGGCCCUCGGCGGAUCCAGGCCCUCCGCCUGCACCGCCUCCAGCCCCGCCACCAGCGCCCGCUCAGCGUCUGCUGCACGCUGCGGCAUCACCGAGGGCGGCAACGUGAAGCGCAUCGUGGCGCGGUUCAGCGGCGCCGGCGCCGGCGCCACCGCCGCCGCCGCCACGCCCGCAGAGAGCAGCACCUCGCGGCCCCGCAGCGCAACAGCGCCUGCAGUCGCCGUCACCCGCGCGCUUUUCAGCACGCAGCCGCCUUCUCGCAGCGCCCCUUCGGCGCCCGCACCAGCGCCCGCGCCCACGCCGCCGUCCCGCCGCCUUGUCUCUGCGCUGCCCGUGCGCCGGCCGGCCAGCCCCGUGGCCGCGGCAGCGGCUGCAGCGAGGGCAGCUGCGGCGGGCGCCAGCGGCGGCGCCGGCGCGUGCCGGCGCACCCCGAGCGCCCGUGCGCCUGCGCUUGUUCCAGGCCUCGCGGCCGGCAUGCGGAGGGCAGCCGCAGCCUCAGGGUUGCUGGCUGCGGCGACGGCGGCGGCAGCCAGGGGGCAGCCCCGCGUGGUCGAGGUCGUCGACCGCAUGUGCAACCCCCUAUUUGAGCCGUCGCCGCCGAUGGCGCUCCCCGGAGAUUCGACACCCGGCUGCCUUUCUUGGCCGGGCGGCGGCUGCACGGCCGGCAGCGGCGCUCUUCGUCACCGCGGCUCCUCUGGAGGGGGAUCGCCGGUAGCCUGGAGGGGCGCGCACGCGGCGGUGGGCGCCGCAGAGGCGGACAUGCUGGCGGCGGUGUCCAAGCCGGCCGCCCGUUCCACCUCGGAGGCGGGCGCACAGACAGACCCCCACCGGAGCACCUCAGAGACGGGGGCGCAGACCGAGGUAUUCCGCUCGACCUCGGACGCAGGCGCGCAGACUGAGGGCGGCGCGAUCGCAGGCGGCGCCUGCAUCCCCGCGAACUGGCGCCUGCGGGAUGCGGGGACGCAGAGCGAAGACGCUGAGUGCUGGCGCGCGGCGUCGCCAUGCCGCCACAGCGAGGGCACCGGCGAUGACGGCCUCAGUGGCACAUCAGCAGAGCAGCAGCAGCAGCAGCAGCAGCAGCAGCAGCAGCAGCAGCAGCAGCAGCCACCAGUUCUGGCGGGGCUGAGGGCAGUCGUCCAGGACCACGCCCAGGCGCUGGCCGCGGUGACGCCCGCGCAGCUGCGGGGCGAGGCGGGGCCGCGGCUCAGGGAUGAGCUGAGGGGGGCGGCCUGGGCCAUGCACGGCUUUGGGGAAAGGGCGCUUUCCCUGCUGCACGCCGCCGCCGCGGCGGGGGCGCGGCUGGAGGGCGCAACCCCCGGCGGCGGCGCCGCGGGGGGCGCGCUGGACGCUUGCGCGGGCAGAUCAGGCAGCUGCGCGGCGGACGGGUGCCGUGCGGAAGUCGAGCAGGCAAUCGGCGGGCUGCAGCGGGUCAUUGCGUUUGGCCAUCCCUCAGAGGUCAGUGGCGCAUCUGGCGGCGCCUGCUGCGACGCGCCAGCAAUGCCAGGGACCCCCGGCUCGCGCAGCGCGCCUGUUGCCCCGCUGCCGUCGUCGCUACCUCACAGCGUCGCGGCAGCACUGCGGGCCAAGGCGGGAGCAGACUGCGAUGCGACAGUCACAGGCGCUGUGGAGGCGGCUGCCACGUGCAGUGGCGGGGCUGCGGAUGUGCCUGCGUCACAGGAGAGCCCCUGCAAGCGCUCGUAUGCGGACGUUCUGCUUUCCAAUGUAAUUCAGGGCAGCACGGCCACGCCCGGGGCGUUCCAGCCGGGCGGCGCGCCGCAGCAGCGCCGGCGCGCGCGGGCGCCCCCGGCGGCAAGCGCUGCGCGUGACCGCCGCUGGCGGCCCGGGUAG